AGGAGAAGGAGGGACGAAGGAAGACGGGUCCAAUUUUUGGGGCUCCCUCUCAUUUCCUGGGACUGAAUCUUUUAAAGAGUCCAACUCAACAUUUUCUUUAUUCAUUUUGUUAGGUGAAUCUUUUUUCUCGGGACGGACUCUCAUUUCAAGAGCUCACUUCAUUAGGUGAAUUUCUCUCCCAGCAAUUCGCCCUCGGUUCUCCCUUCUGCAAGUUCAAUGGCCAAUUCAUUAUAUCAUGCGACAACCUCUCGAGUCGGACUCCGAGACCAAUGUCUCGGCGUUGGUCAGGUUUCUCAGAGUGCUUUUAGAUCAAUUUCCUUUUCGUCGCAGCUUUCGGAUUUCUCUCUCAGAAGUUUGAAAACUCGAAAACAUGUAGGGUUCAAUUAUAACGUCACGCUGGUGAAGGCAAAAAGUAAUCUAGAUGAAAUAGAUAUCGAUAUUUUUCUCAGCCCAAGAGUGAACUCUGUCAAACCUUCCAAGACGGUGGCCAUAAGUGACCAAGCCACAGCUCUUGUACAAGCUGGCGUUCCCGUUAUUCGGUUGGCUGCCGGAGAACCUGAUUUCGAUACACCAGCUGUUAUAGCGGAGGCUGGAAUCAACGCAAUUCGCGAAGGUUACACGAGAUAUACCCCAAACGCGGGUACAUUAGAGCUGCGCGAAGCAAUUUGUCAUAAGCUAAAAGAGGAGAACGGACUUGCUUAUACUGCUGAUCAAAUUGUAGUCAGUAAUGGAGCCAAGCAGAGUCUUGUUCAAGCAGUACUUGCAGUUUGUUCCCCAGGAGAUGAGGUCAUUAUUCCAGCUCCAUACUGGGUUAGUUACCCAGAAAUGGCAAGGUUGGCCGAAGCAAAGCCUGUGAUCCUACCAACACGCAUUUCAGACAAUUUUCUAUUAGACCCAAAACUCCUUGAGUCCAAAUUAACUGAAAGAUCAAGACUGCUAAUUCUCUGUUCACCAUCUAACCCAACAGGAUCUGUCUACCCUAAAAAACUACUUGAAGAAAUAGCCCAGAUCGUGGCAAAAUACCCCAGGCUUCUGGUUCUUGCUGAUGAAAUUUAUGAGCACAUAAUUUAUGCACCAGCAACUCACACAAGCUUUGCAUCUUUACCAGGCAUGUGGCAUAGGACUCUAACUGUUAACGGAUUUUCUAAGGCCUUCGCAAUGACUGGAUGGCGUCUUGGAUAUAUUGCUGGUCCAAAGCAUUUUAUUUCCGCGUGUGGAAAGCUUCAGAGUCAGUUCACUUCGGGGGCUUGUAGUAUAUCUCAGAAAGCUGCAGUUGCUGCAUUAGGACUUGGCAAAGCUGGUGGGGAGGCAGUUGCCACGAUGGUGAAAGCGUUUAAGGAGCGGCGGGACUUCUUAGUUAAAAGUUUUAGUGAAAUAGAUGGUGUCAAGAUUUCAGAACCCCAGGGGGCAUUUUAUCUGUUCAUUGAUAUUAGCUUCUUCUACGGAAGAGAAGCUGAAGGAUUUGGCAUAAUUGAGGAUUCUGAGUCAAUGUGUCGAUACUUGCUGGACAAGGGCCAGGUUGCCGUGGUACCCGGGAGUGCAUUCGGAGACGAUAGUUGCAUUCGCAUCUCUUAUGCAGCUUCGCUCUCUACCUUGCAGGCAGCAAUUGAGAGGAUUAAGAAGGCAUUUAUUCCCCUAACCUCUGCAGCCCUUGUGUAACGUCAUUGAAUUGUAUACUGUGUCGGUGUUCUUAUUUUGUGUGUUUCAUUGAGUUGGCAAUUUGUAAGUGUGAUAGAACGCAAUAGCAUUGUGUAAUUCAUGUUAGCCGCUGUUAUUUAGCAGGAUAAAGCUGUUUGUUGGUGUAAUGUGCAAUUGGGUAACGUCCAGUAAAUACUGCUAGCAAAUGAGCUGCUUGCGGAAUUUGAGUUCUGUAAUAUCCUCUUUCACGCUUGACCAGUUAAGCACCUACUUUUCACAA